AUGGCGCUGGGCGCAGGAUCAGACCUCAGGCCUGGGGGCACGAAGCGGCAGUGGGGUAAGGACGACCGGCGGAGGGGACCAGGGCCCGCCGGUCCGUCCCGGGCACCCCUCCCCCUCCCGCGCGGGCGGCAGCAGCGGCGGGAGCCUCCCGGGCCGGUCGGGAAAAUGGCCGAUGGGCCCGGGGUGGCCUGUCACCCGCGGCGCCGCCAGCGGCCCGCGAUGCCGGGUCGGAACCCGGGGUGUGGGGAGGGCCUCGACGACCCCCGAAACCCUCGCCAGCCCAUCGCCUCCCUCGGGGCCCCGGCUGCCUCAGUCUUCCCCUCAACACCUCCCCGUAGCCUGUCCCUGAGUCACCCUACCGGGGCACUCCGCGCUGACGCCUCCAGGGACCCGGCGACCCGGCCUCGCCCCACCCCCACCCCGGCCCGGCCCGACCCGGGCGCUCCAGGAGUCCCAGCCUGCCGCGCCGUCCGGCAGCCCGCGGCGGGGUCCUUACCCGAAGCCGUCUCCGCGGCAGGCAGGCGGGCUGCACGAGCCGAGGCCGGAGGCAGGAGGCAGAGGCGAGCGGGAAGCCGGGAGGCGGGAGGCUGCGGAGGGCCGAGCGCGCGGCGGUGGCGGGAUCCGCGCCUGCCCCCUACACCGCGCUGGCGGCCGAGCCGGCUGCUCCUGCGCCCGGCUAAGAGCGGGACAUUUAAAAAUCCCUGCGCGCGGAACGGGCCCCCGGCCCGCCCUCGCGCCCUCCCGCCCUCCCGCCACCCUCCGCUCCGCCCCGGCCGGCUGGGAGCCCCUCAGCGGCCGCCCGAGAGCCCGGGCCCGCCCAGCCACCACCCUCAGUACCGCCCCGCGCGGCGCGGGCCGGCCCCGGCGCUCCGGACCGCCAGGGGCGGGGCCAGCGCGGGGCGGGGCUAA